CUAUUUUGUGCAUAACAAAACCCAUUAAAUCAAUAAGAAUUGCUAGCUCGAAACACUUACUACCCAUGAGUUUCAAUAUGGAGAAUAUUACCAUACUCAUAAAGUAUUUAGCUUUAUUUGUAAUUACCUACUUAACUUUUUAUCAUUUCAUCCUACGUUCCAAGCAUAAGGCCAAAUUGUUUCCACCAAGCCCAUUUUUUUCCUUCCCUAUUAUAGGCCACUUUUAUCUAUUCAAAAAACCCCUCCACCGUUCCCUAGCCCGAUUGGCGGCCCGUCAUGGCCCGGUCCUCUAUCUCAACAUGGGUGUUCGGCCCCUCCUCUUACUAUCCUCUCCGGAGGUAGUGGAGGAGUGCUUAGUAAAAGGCGAUGCCUUUGUUGAUCGCCCUCGACUUCUUCCUGGGAAGUACGGGGGCGAUAAUUAUACCAACAUAGCAUGGUCUCCAUAUGGGGAUCACUGGAAAAACCUUAGAAAAAUUGCAGCCGUUGAGAUAUUAUCUUCCCAACGGCUGCAAAUCCUUUCAGAAAUCCGAGUAGAAGUGGCUCAAUCUUUUAUUCGUAGGAUGAUAAAGGAGAGCCACAAAAAUGGAGGAAUAGUCGAUUUGAAGUCCGCCAUUUUCGGGUUCACCUUAGAUAACAUGAUGAGGAUGUUAAUGGGGAAGAGUAACUAUGAGGAGACUAGUGAAGGUAAUGAAGCUACUAGAAGAUUCCAACAAUUUGUGGAAGGGAGUUUUAGGGUUGGUGGAGCAAAUAACUUGGAAGAUUUCUUACCAUUUUUGAAGAUACUUAGAUUUUUUGGGGUUUCACCUGAAAAUUUCAUGAAGAAAUUGACUAAAGAGAAAAAGAAUUUUAUGGAUGGAUUGAUGAAAGAACAUAAAGAAUUGGAAAAGAAAGGAAAAUUGUUGGAUUCAAGGAAAAGAGCAAUGAUAUCUGUUUUGUUAUCCCUACAAAAGGAGGAUCCUCAAUAUUAUUCAAAUGAGAUGAUUUCAAGCCUCAUUUUGGCCCUAUUUCAAGGUGGAACAGACACAUCAUCAGCUACAGUAGAAUGGGUUAUGUCACUACUUCUCAACAAUCCAAAUAUCCUAAAAAAGGCACAACUUGAAAUUGACACAAACAUAGGACACAAUCGUUUGGUUAAAGAGUCAGAUAGAAACAACCUUCCAUAUCUUCAAUGUAUCAUAUACGAGACACUAAGGAUGUACCCAACAGGUCCAAUAGGGCUACCCUACGAAUCAAGGAAAGAUUCCCAAAUAGGAAAGUUCUUUGUUCCUAAAGGCACAAUGCUUAUAUAUAACAUAUGGGCUAUACAUAACGAUCCCAACAUAUGGAAGAAUCCACGAAAAUUCAAGCCAGAAAGAUUUACGAACUAUAUGGAAGGUUCGACGAGAUUUGGGUACAAAUACAUGCCUUUUGGGACAGGGAAAAGGAGUUGUCCGGGACAACAUUUGGCUGAUAAGGUUGUUUGGUAUGCAGUGGCAAUAUUGAUUCAAUGUUUUCAGUGGGAGAGAAUUGGUCAUGAAUUGGUUGAUAUGAAGGAAGGUGGUGGAGUUUCUAUGACUAAACUUGAGCCCUUACAAGCUCAGUGCUCCCCUCGCCCUUGUAUCAUGGACUUGCUUUCUCGAUUCUAAAGGAGGCGCUGUGAGUUUCGAUUAUGAUAUCUUAUCUGAAAAGGCGAUAUUUACUUCAGUUAAGACAAGAUCUGAUUCUCGUUAUAAGUAUAAUUACAAUAAAACAAAAUAAAUGAAUAAUGUAGAUAUUUUUUUUUUAUAAUAAAUGGAUAAUGUAGAUUGGUUUAA